AGGUGGCGGAGGCGGAGGAGGAGACGACGCGCCCGCUGCAGCAUGCUGAGAGCACGAAUGACGAGGUCUACGAGGAUGCGAUGGAGAAUCUCUCCGAGUCGAUGAAACGUCGCAGCGGCAAUCCAGGUUCUAGGGAAUCUUCGCCCGCGACGCCCGAGACUGACGCGGCUUCCGGCGAGCAGCAGCCGAGGAAGCGAGAGCUGAGGACGAGCGAGGGCAUUCUACUCGUCAGCGCCGGUCUAACCGACGACGACGGCGGCGGCGGCGACUCGGCGGGGGAUGGCGAGGGGGAGUGCAACCAGAACUCGAACAAUUCGAACCACGACGGCGAACACGGCGCCAGCGAGGCCGAGGACGAGGAUGCGGGCGUCGCCGUGGCGACGACGGAUAUGGAGAAGGGCGUCGACGUGGAGGAAGGGGAUGGAGUCUUCCUCGAGGUGGCCGCGGCGGGGGACCCCGUCGCCGCGGCGCCGCCCGACGACAUUCCGCGCACGAACAUCGACGACUACGACCCCGGCGACGACCCCGACGACGAGGACGAGGAUGCUGCGCAGGAGCCGACGCCCGGCGCCGCGCCGCUCGAGCACGAACGUGCGCCGUCGCUAGAGGGCAGCACGAGCACCGUCACGGAGGAGCCGCAGCCGGAGAGCGUCGACUCUGACACUGGCGCCGCUGCGGACGCGGACGGGCAGGUGGCGCCGCCGCUCGCGCAGGCUAGCACAGUGGUGGUCGGCAGCGCGGAGGGAGCGGUGCAGGCGGCCGUGACUAGCUGUGUGCAGCCGGAGGCGAAGGCUGAGCUGACGACGCUCGACGAAGCUACCCCCAGACCGCCGACAGAAGAGGAUGAGAAGGAGGAGGAUGAGGAGGAGGAGAAAAUGAAGGAGGAGGAGGAGACAGGGAAGGAAGAG